GGCAGCCACACUAGAACAAAUAGGGGAAGACAUCGACACGGCUUCGGUGUAUACUACCCAGAGUGAGAUGACGGCGGAAACUCACAGCACAGGUGUGGAGGAAUCUGAUGGCCUCAAACUAAAUGAGACAAUCGACCCACCGAAUUCCGUUGCUCGUGAUUCGCCUUUAUUCGUCUAUGGUGUCUCGAGCAAUAGAAUUGGCGAAGCAUGUGCCUCCUUUCUGGCGAAGUGGGGGUAUGACCUACUAGUAGAUGAAGAAGGACAAGGUUAUGUCCAAUCACCAAGCCCGAGUAUUCCACACUCUUCUGGGGACAUUCACAGACCCACUAUGAACCGUCACUCGUCUUUCACCACUUCUUGGCGGUUGACUUCUUCCCCGCCUCGUAUUUGGUCUGAAGGCUUAUCUCCCGAAUGGGUCCGCGGCAUCAUAAGUUCGGACGAGUUCUUUGUGAAGAGUGAGCUUCAACGAUAUGAUGUAGCAAAGCGGGUAGUGGAAAUGCGACGCCGGUUGCGAGGCGCGCAGGAGGCCGAAGAGCGUGAAUGGCGACAACUCUUUGAAGAUGGUAUCUAUUACUCUCAUCUGACUUGGGAAGAACUCUUGAAGAUUUCAGAAGAUCGUUCUCCCUCAACUAAUGAACCCUACGUUCCUUCUUCGUGCCUACAGCGCGCAUUAUGGUCCUUCAAUAAACUGAGAAGUCAGAUUAUGAAGUCCGGUUCGUCGACUAGCAUGUCAGAUCUAGUUUCUAGUGGGCCAAGGAAAGGUCUCCAGCUUGGCUUCGCGAGCACCUUCUCCGAACUUCCUGUCAUAUCAACAAAUGACAGCCCGGGGAAAGAUUCUCCCUUAUGGCCCGUACCUGCAGAUACCUCCCUGCGAAUCGGAGAUCCUGGUGAAACCGCUAUAGCAGACAUUUCGACCAACCUGUCCGAACCUCGUGACAAGUGGGGCCAUCGGCCUCUAUCUGUCGAUAAUUUUUUCGGUAUCGGACAUCCAAAGACAACCCGAGAGCGCAUAGCAGUGAAGUUGUCCGCUGAUGGUGCAAACACCUCAACCAAAUGGGUACCCUAUGAACCAUUCCGGUUUUCUGUCGAGUUCUGGGGAAUCAACUCUCUCAAAGAAAAAACGCGGCUGUAUUCUCAUACUAUGUGGUACGCAGGCUCGUGUUAUAAUGUAUAUACACAAGCAGUCAGGAAGAAAGGUCUACAACUGGGCAUAUACCUUCAUCGACAAAGCAACGUUGAUCCCAUACCGGCUGCUAGUGCACCUCGUAUUUCUUCUCCACGAUCAGGACCACUUGUCUGGUCUUCCUCUCUUCCGCAGCCAAUCUCACCUGUCUCAACGCAUACGAUAAUUUCGCCCGUCUCUCGACCACAUGCUCGAUCUAUCCCUACAUCCGAGCCCUCAGACUCAAGGGGACACACUGCUGCUCCGCUCAGCAGAAGCCCGCCUCUUCGAUCCUCGACCCCUGUGGCAGUCCAGCAGCAACCCAGGUACAUGCAUUCGAACGCCUCAUUCAGUCCUUCUUCACCGUCUGCUAUGCACUCCCCUGCUCCGCAACCACUGACCGAAUUCGCAAUUAAUGAUUCACAAACUUCUUCCAACGCUGUCCCGCCACAUCAACCCUAUCGUGAUCCUCGUCCAGCUAUCUCGGCGUACUUUUCAGUAGGAUGCCACUCCGCUUCCGGCUCUAUUUCUCAAUCAUGGGGGUGGAAAAGCUCAUCCCUGAGCAUUGGCGAAUCGGCCGAUCAACAAAGUACACAGGAAGCAACUUUGAGGGCUACGGUUGUUAUAGGAUUGGUUUAA